AGCGGAGAGGAGGUGGAGAGUGAGGAUUUGGGGUGGAGGAACCCGGGAAUUCCCUCCUCCUGAAGUGAAGAGUUGGGUUGAUUGUGCGGUCGUUGCUGCUGCCGGGCUCCCGGGACGAGGAGGUGGAAGGAGGGAGAGGGCUCUGCGGGCCUCGCCUUCGCCCGCCGCCCCUUCCCCACCACUGGAGCCUCAGCAGCGGCGACCCAUGUGAGCGCGACCGGGGGACAGAGAGGAAAAGGGAGAGAGAAAUAUCGAUGCAGGAAAGAAGCAUCGAUUGAUUGCCUCCCGAAUGCACCCAGACUGGGGAUGGAACCCACAACCUAGAUUUGAUAAUGGGCUGCAUUAAAAGUAAAGAGAACAAAAGUCCAGCAAUUAAAUAUAGAACAGAAAACUCUCCAGAACCUGUCAGUACAAGUGUCGGUCAUUAUGGAGCAGAACACACUGCAGCGACAUCAUCCUCUUCAGCAAAGGGAACAUCUGUUAAUUUUAGCAGUCUUUCCAUAACACCAUUUGGAGGAUCCUCAGGGGUGACACCUUUUGGAGGAGCAUCUUCCUCAUUCUCGGUGGUGCCAAGUUCAUAUCCUGCUGGUUUAACAGGUGGUGUUACUAUAUUUGUGGCCUUAUAUGAUUAUGAAGCUAGAACUACAGAAGACCUUUCAUUUAAGAAAGGCGAAAGAUUUCAAAUAAUUAACAAUACGGAAGGAGACUGGUGGGAAGCGAGAUCAAUUGCUACAGGAAAGAAUGGCUAUAUCCCUAGCAAUUAUGUAGCCCCUGCAGAUUCCAUUCAGGCAGAAGAGUGGUAUUUUGGCAAAAUGGGAAGAAAAGAUGCUGAAAGAUUACUUCUGAAUCCUGGGAAUCAACGAGGUAUUUUCUUAGUAAGAGAAAGUGAAACUACUAAAGGUGCUUAUUCCCUCUCUAUUCGUGAUUGGGAUGAAGUAAGGGGUGACAAUGUGAAACACUACAAAAUCAGGAAACUUGACAAUGGUGGAUACUAUAUCACAACUAGAGCACAAUUUGAUACUUUACAGAAAUUGGUAAAACACUACACAGAGCAUGCUGAUGGUUUAUGCCAUAAGUUAACAACUGUAUGUCCAACUGUGAAACCCCAGACUCAAGGUCUAGCAAAAGAUGCUUGGGAGAUCCCUCGAGAAUCUCUGCGACUAGAAGUUAAGCUAGGACAAGGAUGUUUUGGUGAAGUUUGGAUGGGAACGUGGAAUGGAACCACAAAAGUAGCAAUCAAAACACUAAAACCAGGUACAAUGAUGCCAGAAGCUUUUCUUCAAGAGGCUCAGAUAAUGAAAAAAUUAAGACAUGAUAAACUUGUUCCACUAUACGCUGUUGUUUCUGAAGAGCCUAUUUACAUUGUCACUGAAUUUAUGUCAAAAGGGAGCUUACUAGAUUUCCUGAAGGAGGGAGAUGGGAAGUAUUUGAAGCUCCCACAGUUGGUUGAUAUGGCUGCUCAGAUUGCUGACGGUAUGGCAUAUAUUGAAAGAAUGAACUAUAUUCACCGAGAUCUUCGAGCUGCUAAUAUUCUUGUAGGAGAAAAUCUUGUGUGCAAAAUAGCAGAUUUUGGUUUAGCAAGAUUAAUUGAAGACAAUGAAUAUACGGCAAGACAAGGUGCAAAAUUUCCAAUCAAAUGGACAGCUCCUGAGGCUGCACUAUAUGGUCGAUUUACAAUAAAGUCUGAUGUAUGGUCAUUUGGAAUUCUACAGACAGAACUGGUAACAAAGGGCAGGGUGCCAUAUCCAGGUAUGGUAAACCGUGAAGUACUGGAACAGGUGGAACGAGGAUAUAGGAUGCCUUGUCCUCAGGGCUGUCCAGAAUCCCUACAUGAAUUAAUGAAUCUUUGUUGGAAGAAGGACCCUGAUGAAAGACCAACAUUUGAAUAUAUCCAGUCCUUCUUGGAAGACUACUUCACUGCUACAGAGCCACAGUACCAACCAGGAGAAAAUUUAUAAUCCAAGUAGCCUAAUAUUUUAUAUGCACAAACCUGCCAAAAUGUAAAGAACUUGUAUAGACUUCCUCACUUACGUACAGGAAUCAAAAGAAGGAACUCCUCUUCACUCUGCAUGUUUUUAAUGGUAAACUGGAAUUCCAGAUAUGGUUGCACAAAACCACUUUUUUGUUGUUCCAAGUGUUAAACUCUAAAGUACCAGUGAUGAAUUUUCCAACUUAUUUCAGGGUCCAGAGAAAGUAUGGCUAAGAUAUCGAUGAUAGUGAGUGUGAUAGCAUGACAAUGAAGAGCAACAAAGCUACUGUUCAUAAGCCACUUCCUUUAUUUUAGUCCCCAAACUCAGAAUUGCUAAGAGAAAAUUGUUUAUCAUUAGAGACAAAACUUUGGAAAGAAUGAAGUUAUAUCAUAAUGAAAUCCAAAAUCAAGGAACUUCAUGGGACCAAAUGAUUCCAUUCCAUUUUAAAAUUUUUCUUGCAUUCAUUCUUCUCAAAAGUUUUUCUAAGUUGAAGUUAAUGUGCAGUUUUAAUAUAUGCCUCCCUUUCAUGGAAAUGAGCAAGAUUUUUAGAAGAAAAAAGGAAUAUAAACAACACCUUAAGCUUGAUUAAUGGUUACCUAACAGCAGUGGGAUUUGAAAGUAUAAUGCACUAUGUUAAUACUCAAACUCAUGGAACUGGCAAGUAGAACUUUUACACUUUAUUUUCUGAAAAGCUCAGUUUAGAAUAAUGAAGGUUAACUAGAAAGCAAGUUAAUCUUUUGUAAGUGUGCAUUGAUUUUUUAAAAGGCAAUAUAUAAUUGAAAUUAUACUAUCCAGUCCAAGGGGAAAUCUUUUAAUCUUUAGAAUAGCAUGAAAAAAAUAAGUCCCAACAUUUAAAUAGGUAUUGUGAGAUACUGCUAAAUAUGUAUUUAUGGUGAUGGGUGCCACAAAUGUAAAAUAUCACUAGAUCAGGGACUUGAAUGCACUUUUGCUCUUACUGCAUAUAGACUAACAGAGAGGAAAAUGUAUUUAAAAGAAAUAUGAGAAAAGAAAAAUGUGAAAGUUUUACAGGUAGAAGAGGUGGAAUGUUAUAUUUAAUGUUGAUUUAUGGAGUGACAAAAUGGCUUUGCUGGCACUCAAAGCUUCUCACUUAUCUAUUUUUUGAAAUUUUAAGAAUUAUAAACUAUGAUUAUAAGACUAAUCUAACCAUAAACACUAAGUGACUGGUACAGCCUCAAAAUAAGUUAAGGCAUCCCACUAAUUUCAAUGAUGCAGCUUUUAUGCAAAAUAUUUUUUAAAAUUCAGUUUUCAAAUUUGUGUUGGAAUCUGCAUUCACUUUUUAAAUAUACUUAAUGGUGUUGCAUUUUUUCUUUCAGAAUUAGUUGAUUUAUAGAGGAAAGCUUAUUCAGAAUAAUAACAGUGGUGAAAAGGGGGGACAGUUUUUGCCCAUUUAAAGUACACAAGUAAAACAUAUAAAAUAAGACUGAUUUUUAUGACUAACAGAAAUUCCAAAAGAUGAAUUCGAAUAGCAGGAUUACUAGCUUAAGGAUCUAGCAAGGAACUGAACCUGACAAAUUAAAGUCUAGUAUUUUAUGUUUUAAAGUACUCUUUUAUAGUUAUACUCUACAUAAAGCAAUACAUUCAGUCCCCAUAUUUUAGGAAUAUAAUUUUUAACUACUAUCACUUACCUGAUCAUUAAAUUUAACAUCCCGUGCUAUGGUAUCUGUGUUGAAAUUCAGACCAUUUUAAAAUGUGACAGUUGAACUUCAUGCAAAUUGGCAACAGUUCUGGUACUAAAAAUUGUAGUGGUUUCUUAUGUUUACGUAACCUGCUUAGUAUUGAAUCCCUCUCCAAGAGGAUCAUCGAAUGAAAACUGCCCUUAAUGUCUGCAUCCUGUGACAUCAGAUUUUUAAAGGGCUUCAUGUGAACUAUGGUUUAUUUUUUCUAGCAUUAAAAAAGUAUAACAAAAUGAUAUGUUUAUGUACUAAUUCUGUUCAGAAAAAUAAGCCAAGAAAAGUUGUAUUCAUCAGGUUUUUAUUGGGUUUUAACUGAAGGGAGCUGUUCCUUAUAACAUCACUUGUGUAGUAAGGAAAUAACACUAACUCAAUGUGUAUUCGAUUUAAAUGGUUAUGUAUUUUUAAAUUGCCAAGAAAAAUAAACAGCUUUGUACAUUUGAAGAUUUUUUUUUCAACACCUUUUCACCUUCAAUAUCUUAAUGUGAAACCUGACCCUUACCCCCCUGGAAAAAAGUUGGUAAAACAACCUUUUAGCACAAACAGUUUUUUAAAUGAAUAAUGGUAGCCUAACACUUAAUAUUUUUAUAAAGUAUUAUAAUACUGUUUUGUGGAUAAUUGAAAUAAUUCUCAUUGAAUGUUCCCGUUUAUCUGUUUUGCCACUGUUCAUACUUUCUCAGCAGAUUUUUUAAUGGGUAUUUAAAGCAAAGUAUAUUCUGAGUUUUUUUUCAUUAGAAAAACAAGUGUUCUGUUACAACUCUUGAGCAGAAUUAAGUCAAUCCUUUAUUAAGUUCAGAACAUUAUUGAGCUCAUUCUAUGUGCUUAGUUUUCCAGGUGACUUUUUUUUUAAGUUAAACCAGCAACUACAGGUGAUGUACAGAGAAACUGAAGUGAUUUAAGCUAUUCAUAGAGAAUCUGUGUUGAAGGAUAUAAAUUAGAAAAACAACUUUUGAUCAUAAGGAAUUUAAUUUUUUUUAAUGAAAACACAUGAGCCUUAUUUCUGUGUGUGUUUUAAUUUCUAUAUGUAUAAUGAAAAUAAAGUUAUACUAAAUUAUGAA